GAGAGCCCUUCAAGUUCAAACCACCACUUGUACUGCACAAGAAACCAAAAUCCAAGUGCUCGCUUUACUUACCUUCAGCAAUUACACUUCCUUGCCUAAUUAAGCUCUAAGAUGGCAGCAGGUGCAUUGUCAAUGAGAAGCAUGAAGCUAAGGUCGUGGCAGAGGUGUUCAAAGCAAAUCAGAGAGCAAAGAACACGGCUUUACAUAAUUUGGAGAUGCACCGUGAUGCUUCUAUGUUGGCAUGACUAGAGUUCUGCUAAAUCUUUGAUGGAUGAAUGGAUGGGCGAGCUUGCAUCAGGCAAUGGAGGCUCAAUCAGUGUCCAGUGUUGUUGGGUUGGGGUUUGAUCCUCAAUUACUAAGCAGUAACUUUGCUACGGCCAAGUUAAGGGCUGGAAAUUGUGGGUUCUCAGUCAUGUAGAGUUUAUACAGAGUCCAAAUAGUUAACGUAGUUCUUCUUCUGUUUUUA